AUGCAAACAAACAGCAACCAAGCCGUAAAGGCAUUGUCCGACAUAUGGCACCCCCAAGAUAUCCCUUCUGUCUUCCUGACGUCCUCCAGAGCGACCGUACCCCCAACCCCGCCCCCGCUUCAGACGCCAUCGACACUACUUCGCGACACAUGUCGCCGCAACGUCCAACUUCCAUCCCCCAUAUCCCCCUCCACUCGCAAACCCCCUCUACCCCUCGACUCCUCCUCCGACGUCUCAGAAAUCAGACGACAACCGUAUCACCGACACUUCUGCUAG